AUGGAGUCAGGCGUAUCUAAUGCUGCGCCCAGUGCUGCAGUUGCGCCAGCGCCAUCUGCAGGUGACUUGAUCCUUCAACAGAGGACACAGUCCCUUCAGAAUGCGCCGUCGGCCUAUAUUGGGGACGGUAGUCUCUGGUCGCAAUUAACCUCUAAUCCCUUAUUCACAGCAGGCUUUGGCCUUGCAGGUUUAGGAGCGGGACUCACCUUCGCGCAACGGGGUCUUCGCCAGGGCGCCGCCUUGUUACGUCGUCGUAUGUUAGUUGAUGUCGAGAUUAGCAUCAAGGACGAUUCAUACCCAUGGUUCCUCCACUGGAUGACCCUAUACCAGCAAUCACAACUAGGUGCGACCCGUGCGGCUACCAAUUCCGGCUAUCUGGAUCGUCUUCUUCAGAAAAUGACUCCCGGGAUGCGCCAUCUCUCCAUCCAGACCCAGAAGGUGGAACAUUCGAAUGGCGCGAUGAACACACAUUUCUCUUUGGUGCCAGGACCAGGAAAACAUGUCUUACGUUACAAGAAUGCGUUCAUUUUUGUGAACCGCGUCCGUGAAGCCAAGUCUCGUGACCUCCAAACUGGAAAGCCAUGGGAGACGAUCACUCUCACUACCCUCUACUCCCAUCGCCACAUCUUCGAAGACCUGUUCACCGAAGCCCAUGCAUACGCUGCCAAAUCGCACGAAGGAAAGACAACGAUUUAUAAUAGUUGGGGUACAGAAUGGCGGCCAUUCGGCAACCCGCGGCGCAAGCGUCCGCUGGAUUCGGUGAUUCUGGCGGAGGGCGUUAAAGAGCGCAUUGUGGAAGAUGUUCAGGACUUUAUCUCAAGCUCAUCUUGGUAUUAUGACCGAGGCAUUCCGUAUCGACGCGGGUAUCUGUUGUAUGGACCACCCGGGACUGGCAAGAGUUCGUUCAUUCAAGCACUGGCAGCUGAGCUUGACUACGAUAUUGCAAUUUUGAAUCUUAGCGAGCGUGGACUGACCGAUGAUCGGUUGAACCACCUUCUUACCAUCGUUCCGAAGCGCACCUUGGUUCUGCUGGAGGAUGUGGAUGCAGCUUUCUCCAAUCGCCGUACGCAGUCCGAUGACGAUGGUUAUCGCGGGGCAAACGUGACAUUUUCAGGUCUACUGAACGCGCUUGACGGAGUGGCUAGCGCCGAGGAACGCAUUGUCUUCCUCACCACCAAUCACGUCGAGCGGCUUGAUGAGGCCCUGGUCCGACCGGGGCGCGUGGAUAUGACUGUUCGGCUUGGCGAGGUAUCGCGCUACCAGGUUGGCCGCCUUUGGGACCGAUUUUACGAAGAUCUUGACACCAAUGGGGCUCAUCGAAAGCUAUUUCUUGAUCGGCUCCAAGAACUGGGCCUGGUUGAGGAUGAAAAUGGCCACAAGGCUGAUCGCUCCAGAAACACUAGCGCUGCAGCCCUUCAGGGGCUGUUCUUGUAUAACAAGGGCGACAUGGAGGGUGCGAUCGCCAUGGCCGAGGGACUCACCUAUUCGGUGCAUGAUGAGGCUAUGGAACAUAGCUAA